AUGGCCGCGCCUCCAGCCGUCCAUCAACUCCCCGGGUUCUGCAUAGCAGCGCCCCUAGAGGAUCAACGGACGACCGGAGGAGAGACUGUAGGCACGCUGAUGGAAAAUAGAACAAUGACUAAACAUUUUCAGAUUUUAGCAUUUUCAAACAAUCCAGAUAAUCAGAUUUUUCUUUUUGUUUUCUUUUUCCUGGUAUACUUCAUUGGUGUUCUCUGGAAUGUACUUAUAGUUGCUGUGAUAUUAAUCAAUACUCGCUUACAUACUCCUAUGUACUUCUUUCUCUGUAACCUGGCUUCUGCAGACACUUUGUUCACUACAAUAACCAUCCCUAAACUGAUGGACAUCCUCUUAACGGGGCAAAGCACAAUAUCUUUCACAAAGUGCUUCAUCCAGUUGUAUGCCGUUCUCUUCAUGGCCGGAACACAAGUGAUCUUGUUAUCUUUCAUGGCAUAUGAUCGGUAUAUUGCUAUAUGUUACCCAUUACAUUAUCAAUUAAUUAUGAACCAGAGAAAAUGCAUCUUGCUCUUGUUGUGCAGUUGGAUAUCUGGAUGUGGGAAUUCAAUAUUUUGCACUGGUUUUGCUUCCAAUCUAUCCUUUUGCCACUCUAAUAAAAUUCAACAUUUCUUCUGUGAUAUUAAAACUUUGUCAAAAAUAUCCUGCUCGGGCAUAAGUUUUCACACUGUAAUCUAUGUAGAAACAUUUAUGUUUGGACUUUUCCCAUUUUUACUUUGUUUAACGUCUUAUAUUAAAAUAAUCAACACCAUCUUACACAUUAAGUCUUCCAAAUGUAGAAUGAAAGCCUUCUCCACAUGCACUUCCCAUCUCAUCGUUCUUAUAAUGUUCUAUGGAACUAUUUUAUUUACGUAUAUGGGGCCAACAUCAGGACAUUCGCUUGAACAGGACCAAGUGUCUUCCGUUCUCUAUGCAGCAGUAAUUCCAAUGUUAAAUCCCCUAAUAUAUAGUUUGAGAAACAAAGAGGAACAGGCGGGUACAAGUCGAAUAAGGUUUGAACCAUGUCCAAAGGACAUCUAA